UCGCCGAUUGUGACGGCUGCGUGCGGCGCGCGCCGGUCGUACACUAUACAGACGCGACUGCUUGUAUGUGUUUGUGCGUGUGUUGUGCGAGAAACGCCGGUCAUGUGGAGUUGACCGUUAUUACUACGUGUGCAGCCCUUUGCUUCCAUAUCGCUCAGUGUGCUUGUGCCUGAGGGUGAUUCUGUCCAAACCUGUGCACCGAACGAAGACGUCUCUGUGCGAAUACACCUUGUAAGGAUCCAGCGGCGAGUCGAAGUGGUAACCGGAGGUCUGAAGAUAUACCAUGGCCCGACGCAGCUCAGCGGGAACCAAUCCCGUCUACUUCAUAAACGGCGGCACUAUGGGCCUCGACGACGAGGAGCGGCUGCUGCUGCUAGACCCGGGCACGGCCAGCGGUGCACGGCCCAGGCACCCCGGUUACGGAGCCAACUACAACGCAGCCAUGACAGCGGCCGGCGCCACAUCAUCGUCAGCGACCACAAGCAGCGCCAACGUCUCGGGUGCGGGGUGCAAGGACAAUGACAGGUGGCCUCGACCGAAGAAGGUCUCUUACUGGAAACUAUUUCGCUAUGCCACAGCGCAAGACAUCGUACUGCUGUUCCUGGGCACAGUCUUCGCAAUCCUCCACGGUGCGGGCUGGCCGCUAUUGGCUGUCGUGUUUGGUCACAUGACAAACGCCUUCAUCACCAGCAGCAGGCGGGCUUCUACGAUGGCAGCGACACCAACUUCACCACGCAGCCAGCCUCCUCAGACCUUCGGGGAGGCAAUACGACGCAGCGGGGGGCAGUCAAUGUUCGACCCCGUCACCGUCCUCGAGUACAACAUCACCAUGAACAAGUUCGCACUCACCUACGUCAUCAUUGCAGCAGUGGUCUUCGUGUCUUCAUUUAUACACGUGUGGUGCUGGACCCGAGCAUGCGAUCGUCAGCUGUACAGGCUGCGGCAAGAGCUCUUCUACUCGCUCCUUCGACAAGAUGCAGCCUGGUUUGACAGGCACCGCGUCAGUGAAGUUGCCUCGAGGAUGAACGAUGACAUGGAGCGUCUGCGUGAGGGAAUGGGUGACAAAAUGGGCCUCUUCAUCCACUACCUGUCCACCUUCGCGUCUGGCUUUGCCACAGGCUUCGUUGAAAGCUGGGAGCUCACUCUGGUCAUCAUGUCGGUCACACCACUGCUUGCCUUUGCCUCGGCAUUCCUGGGCAACAUGGUGUCCCAGUCGGCAGCCAAGGAGCAAGAAAAAUAUGCGCAAGCUGGAGCUGUGGCCCUGGAAGUACUGAGCAAGAUACGAACAGUGGCUGCCUUCUGUUCUCAAUAUAGCGAGUUGCAGCGGUACAUGACUGCUCUAGAAGCAGGCAAGACGGCUUCAAGGCGCAAAUACGUUGCUAUGGCAUUUGUUGGCCUCACAUUUGUCGUCCUGUACGGUGCCUAUGCACUCGCAUUCUGGUACAGCUCGCUUCUUGUAGCAGCUGCUAGGCUGGACCCUGGCAGGGCAUUUAUCGUAUUCUUUGCAGUCAUGGUGGGCUCAUUCUCAUUGGGAAAUGCUUUGCCGCAGCUGAAUGCCAUUGCCGUUGCACAAAUGGCAGCUGGGCGGGCAUUUGAAGUCAUUGACCGAAGGCCCGACAUCGACUCCUACUCUGAACUUGGGGUGCAGCUGAAACAAUUCACCUCUAACCUCGCUUUUAAGGACAUUUCCUUUUUUUAUCCGAGAUGUCCAGGCCACCUGGUGUUGCGAGACGUCAGCCUGGAAGCCAACGAAGGUCAAGUGGUGGCCAUCUGUGGGACGAGUGGCUCGGGGAAGAGCACGCUACUCAACCUGGUUGUGCGUUUCUACGAUCCCUGCUACGGCGAGAUUACUCUGGAUGGUGUGAACCUGAGGUCUUUGAGUGUGCGGUGGUUGCGUUCCAAGGUUAGCCUUGUGAGUGAGCGGCCGACUCUGUUCAACUACUCCAUCGCCGAGAACAUCCAGUUUGGCCAGGAGGACACCACGAUGAUCGAAGUUGUGGAGGCAGCCAAGCUGGUUGGCAUGCACGAGUUCGUCAUGAGCCUUCCCAAGGGUUAUGAGACUGAGAUUGGUGAGCAAGGCUGCCAGUUGAGCGAGGGUCAGCGUCAGCGGUUGGCCAUCGCUCGAGCGAUGGUCAAGACUCCCCGGGUUCUGCUUCUGGACAAUGCAACAGGUGCACUGGAUGGUGCCUCCGAAGCCCACCUUCUGCGCACCCUUGCCAAGGGCAGUCCUCGGCGCACGACAGUGGUGGUGACGCAGCGGCUGUCGACCUUGCGAGAGGCAGACACUGUGUACGUGAUGGACGAGGGCCACAUUGUGGAGCAGGGCAAGCAUGACGACCUGGUGGCGAAGAAAGGUUUCUACUUCCAGCUCAUGCUCGGCCAACUGACGGAAAAUGAAGACGCCGAGGCUCUCCCACCUCCACCCGUGUCCUGUCCUCCCGCCUCAAGACAGGACGAAGACGACGAGGAAGAACGGCUGCGAAAACGAAGGAAGGCCCUCCUCCUGGAGAGCAUCUCGCCGUUCGACCGCGAGUGCAGUCGUCUCGCCGAUGACUUCAUCAAGGAGGACGUUGAACUCCCGUCUGCCCGCAAGAUCCUUCAAAAAGCCAGGCCAGACUGUGGCUGGUUCUUCCUGGUGUCUCUGGCUUCUCUUGUUGUAGGAGCCUCCCUGCCCGUAUUUGCGGUCUUCUACAGUGAAAUAUUCAAUACAUUCACACUGGUUGGACAAGAGAUGCAAGAUGCUGCUUUCUUCUGGUCCAUGAUGUUCUUGGUACUGGCAGCUGCUAGUGGUCUUGGUCACUUUUUUAGGACACUGGGCGUGGGCAUUGCUGGCGAGAACUUGACGUUCCGGCUGCGGGUUGCCGUGCUGGCCAACAUCCUGCGGCAACACAUAGGCUGGUUUGACGAAGAGUCCCACUCAUCGGCCACGUUGGCCUCUCGGCUAGCAACUGAUGUUCCUGUUGUUAAAACUGCAGCAGGCUACCGCCUGGCAGUGAUGUUCACGGCGCUUGUAACGCUUGGAACGAGUUUGUCGCUGGCUUUUGCCUUUGGCUGGAAGCUGGCCCUUGCCCUGGUGGCCAUUGUGCCCAUCCUGGCACUGGCUGGUGGACUGCAGCUGCGUGUUGAAAAGGCCUCCCAACGUCGCGAUGCACACCUAAUGAUGCAUGCUGUUCAAGUUACCACAGAGAGCAUAGAGAAUAUCAGAGCUGUUCAAGAAUUAAACCUGGAGCCCACCUUCUUUGGGUUGUUUGUCAGCCAUCUACUGGUGCCACUUAUAGAAUCGCAGAAGCGGAGCAUCCUGUUUGCACUUGCCUUCGCCUUUUCACAAGGUGUGAUGUUCCUCGUGUACGGCUGUGCCUUUCGUCUGGGUGCCUUCCUAGUUACAAGGGGGGAAAUGGAAGCCACCAAUGUUUACAGGGUGUUCUUCACGAUGGCGUUCAGUGCUGUGUCUGUGGGCCAGUGGACUUCCAUGUUGCCAGACUACCUCAGGGCUAGGCUGUCCGCUGGCCUAGUCUUCAAUCUACUCGAAGCAGAGACUGAAAUCGAUGGUUACUCGGAUGGUGGCAUGAGGCCCGAAGUCAGCAGCCGGCUGUCCCUCAAGGGUGUCACCUUUGCCUACCCGAGCCGACCGCAAGUCACAGUGCUCCAAGGGCUUGACCUGGAGCUAAGCCCCGGAGAGAUGGUGGCACUGGUAGGUGCCAGUGGCUGUGGCAAGUCUACCGUGGUCGACAUUCUUCUGCGUUUCUACGAUCCCCAGUGUGGACAAGUGUACUUGGACGGAGUGGACGUGCGUGCGAUAAACGUGGGACACCUGCGGCAGUGCAUAGUGGCCUGCGAGCCGCGGCUGUCCCUGAUGGACCGCACGCUCGGAGAGAACGUGGUGUACGGCCUCGACCCUUCUUCCGGCGUGCCCAGCCAGGAAGAGCUGGAGGAGGCUGCCCGCAUGGCACGGCUGCACGAUUUCGUCAGCCAACUCCCCCUGGGCUACGAUACACCCUUGUGUAACUCAAGCAUGGCACAGCUGUCGGAAGGACAGAAGCAGCGGGUUGCGCUCGCACGGGCAUUUGUACGCAAGCCCGCCAUUCUUGUCUUGGAUGAGGCUACAUCAGCCCUGGAUGCUGAUGCUGAACAGGCUGUCUUGGAAGCCGUGAAGGAAAACCUGGGGGAACGCGCCUGCCUCUUUGUGAGCCACCGGCUGUCCGCCAUCAAAGUGGCGGACCGCAUCGCAGUCAUGGAGCACGGUACAAUCAUGGAGCAGGGAACACACGCGCAGCUCAUGCAAAUGCAGGGCGUAUAUCACAGGCUCGUAGAAAAAAGCCUCAUUUUAGCGUGACACAACGACAGGUCUAUACAAACGAUAGCAUACAUUACGCUUUUGUCACGUGAACCACUACCAAUCAUCAUCAUUUUUUGACGGAUGAAAGAGGGCUACCUUUUAUUUCCCCCAGCGAGACACUGCAUGAAAACAGGGUCCUCCACUGAACUGCAUUUUUCCAGGCAAGCAACACCUGCUGUAGAAGCUCCGUCUUCUAGUUAUUCUGGCUGGGCACAGAUUCAGUUGUCAUGCUGCACACGGUGGCAGCCUAGGAGUUCAGCGUGAGCUCAACCCUCAAAGCUGCACUGCAGCUUUUGCUAUUCUCUAGUGAUGCCGAUAGAGAAAAAUAUUGCCUCUGUCGUGGCAUCAUGCAAACGAGAAAACAUCAACGGCUUGUACAAAACGUUAAAAUUAUCUCAAGUGGGACAGAGUGGUGUAGCAUUAAUGUGAAAGCCUUAGAUGGCCUCGUCAAACGCAAAAAUUGACCGUCGGUGCCAGCGUCAACACGAGUGACGAAAAAAAUCGUCAUGAUGUCACAGAUCGCCAAAAUUUGUGAAGUCAUCGCGAUGUCGCUAUGACGUCACAUGAUUGCAUCAUCACAUGACAUCGUCACUUGGUCAAAUGUGGGCCGAUGAUGGAGACAUUGCAAAACCAUGUUAGGUGCAGAAAACUUUCGGUGAGGUGGGGGGGGUUGAGGAGGAUCAAUAUAUCGAUGGCUUUCGCCUUCAAGUUGUCUAAGGAGAAUGCAUAUAUAAGGGACACUGUGAGUUUUUUUGCAUUCACAUACUGCAUUCUUAGGGUGUCACUGAAUUAUACAUUUGAGGUUCCUUUGAAGUUGUAGGGACUCUGUGCCACUAAGAGCUCAUUAUGGGAGAAGUUAUGUGCACAAUCUUAUCAUUCGGUGAUUUCAAUGAGUUCCAUUGGUGAGCUGGUAAUUCCCAUAACACGGGUGCACUUUUCAACAACACCUUCUGUUCACCAGCUAGUAAGCACAGAGAACGUGGAUUUGAGUCUUGCAGUACGCUUCUGUUGACCGCAAGCUUUUGCACACCGUUACAGAUAUAUAAUUUUCUUCUGCUUUUAUUACACCUUGAAACCUUUGAGGAAGCAUUCCUGGCGUUUUAAAGUAUGUAUUGCAUAUCAUUGUUCAUGUUUCAGGAAUACUUUCAUUCACAAAAGUCAACAGUGUGCAAGUAUGUUAAGAGACAAACACUGUAUAAGCACAUCCUUUGGUCCGUACUUUCGUCACGUAUUUCUCUGGUUGUGUGGUGCACUUCCUGUUGUCCUUUUGACAUUCCAUACCUCUGGUUGGCUAGCGUGAAAGUUCUUUUAAUAUUACGGCACAUUGGAACCUACUGUAUACGUCAGGCCUAACUACCUGUAGUUCGCCUCGCGGACGCAAUUAAGACAGCUUGUAUACUUUUGACAAAGACUGUACAUUCAGUUGCUCAGUAAUGUGUCAUGGUCACGAUGACACCAAGAAUGUGACGUACAAUAAUUGCAGGAUUGUUUUAUCACCAGAUGCUCUAGCUUGUUACUAUAUGUGUUUGUGUUAUUAGAUGACAGCUUCUGCACAUUUGCUCAGUCUGAUGCUGGGUCCGCUGUGCGACAACACGUGCUCGUACAAUUCUUACGGCAUGGUAACACCGAACCUUUGCUGUGUCGCAAGGGAACCAUGUCAGCUACUAACACAGAACGUCAUUGCUAAACCACAUGUUGUAUUCAUUUAUAACUUGCCUGUGCUUUUACAGUGGAUGCAUCUUGUGAAAUAUUGUAUCACGGUGGCGUUAAUUUGUUUCAUUCUGUGACUUUAUCACUUCCCUCCACAUUCCAACCUCUCAUGACCUUGAAGCUUUCCACCUUCACUCUUGAAGUUUCCAGCUUUGCUGUUCUGUUUAACUCAGGUUUAUGGACGACACAUACCUAGGUGUGUUGAAGAUCUACCAGCUGAAAAGCUGUAAGCAAACAGCUGUCUUAACAAAAAUAAGACGUCUGCGGCCAUGCGAGAAUUCAUCCUUUUCUUUUAUUCUAUCAUGUUUUAGCGCCUGUUGCAGUUAGUGGCCAAUACUGGCAAAAAGAGAGGGUGUGGCAUCAUUCCAGUCAAUCCGAGCGCUUGAGAAUUAUACGACUUUGACAUUAUGACCGAAGGUCUAGGCAGUAAGCCUAGUUUGUGUGCAGGUUGUUGGUUUCACUGUUUUCCUAGUGUCAACAUGGUAAUCUUCAUAUUUUCACUGCAGUAUUGUAACUGAGGAGUGUGCAUUAUACAUACCAUACUUCACCAGCUUUCUGCGGAAGUGACGCAUGCUCGUUCUGAAGCGCAGUGUCAUAAGUGCGUCAGUAGCGUUACAUAUUGGGUGCAUGCCUACUCAUUAUCGCAGAAGAGCGCUACUCAUGGUUUGCUUUUCUUUGAUGUCAUAAGAAUGACUGUGCAACGUUUUCUGUAAUGCUGUCGUUGGCAGCUUCACUGCAUAACAUUGAACAAAGCACACGUGUCAUGUACAGGAUUUCUGUAUGUGUGUGAACGCUAUAUUUUUUUUUGCACUCAACAUUGCAUUGGAAAACAGUACUACGUGGUUGGCUCGAUAAGGUGUGCUAUGUGAAUGCAAAAUAGUAAAAAAAAAUUCCUACUUAAGUUAUGUAUUUUCGAGAUACGAAUAAAGUUGUGUGUUACAGAGA